GAAGCUGACAGUUGCUAGUUUAGUAGCUCGAUCCAUUUGACUCUCAGCAAUACAGUAACUCACUCACUGGGAUGACACGUCUUAGUCGUUGAAUAUAUCAUAUAGACUAGUUCUGAACACUCGAUAAAGUGACAAGCAGUUUAUCAACAAGUUAGCCCGACGUCUCCCUUUGCUUGGUGUGACAGGCUAGAUAAGCAGCGAGGCUGUCCUUAGCAUAUCUUAGCCAGCGUUAACCUGGUAGCAGUAUCACCCCAGAAUUUAGAAUUUCAGACAGCAUUCUGUAGUUUGUAACCCUAAGACAUUAUGGGGUCCAGAGCAUCGUCAUUAUUAAGAGAGGAAGACAUCGAGGAGAUAAAAAAGGAAACUGGAUUUUCUCACAGUCAGAUUACCCGACUCUACAGUCGCUUCCACAGCCUGGACAAGGGAGAAAAUGGUGCUCUCAGCCGGGAAGACUUCCAGAGGAUCCCAGAGUUGGCCAUAAAUCCUCUUGGAGAUCGUAUCAUCAAUGCCUUCUUUCCAGAGGGAGAGGACCAAGUAAACUUCAGGGGCUUCAUGCGAACGCUGGCUCAUUUCCGUCCGGUGGAGGACAACGAGAAGAACAAAGACCCAAACGCUGGAGAGCCCCUCAACAGCAGGACCAACAAACUACUCUUUGCUUUCCGGCUGUAUGACCUGGAUAGGGAUGACAAAAUCUCCAGAGAUGAACUCCUGCAGGUUCUGAGGAUGAUGGUUGGGGUGAACAUCUCUGAUGAGCAGUUGGGCAGCAUUGCAGACAGAACCAUUCAAGAGGCAGACACCAACGGAGACAUGUGCAUCUCCUUCAGCGAGUUCAUCAAGGUUUUGGAGAAGGUGGAUGUGGAGCAGAAGAUGAGCAUCCGCUUCCUGCACUGAAGAUUGCACACAUGGACCAAACGCUGGUUGGAGGACUUUUGCCAUAUCAACAAAAUCUCACCCCAUUUUCAACACUCAGAGGAACUGCUUUACCUUCCCUUGAAUAUUCUCUGACCAUGUGUUAAUUGUCUUGUCUUCUCAUUUCAUUGUCAGUGAUAGCCUCUGCCUUGCACUGUUACCGUAAUUGAAGGGAAUACUAGCGUGCCUUGGAUUUUCAUACACGGUCACUACUGCUAUUCCCCUAAGACUUUAAAUCGUAUUUAUUCUAGACCCUUCCUGGGAUCCAUAAGAAUGUUUUGGCACACAAGUCUCGGUCAAAGAUUAAGUUUAGUCCAGGACUAAAUUACAUUUCUGAAUGGAAGAGAUUGCCCGUUCCCAAUCUAAUUAAGUGCAGGCCUGGUUUUAUUCUUGUUUGCGAGACUGGUCCUUUAUUUAUUAGAUAAUCUGUAGAAACAGUAACAGUAGAACAUAUUUUAACAGAAUACUGUUUUUAUUAUUCCAUAUCAUGGCUGUCUUAGACAUUAUUCAGUCUGUUUUUAAUGGAAGAUUAACGAUAUUAAGAACAAAUUUGCCAAGACAGUAGAACACUUAGAAAUAAAUUGUCAGAAUGCUUUAACUUAUUGAAAUUGCAACUCUCCAAAGAACAAUGAUUCCACAAUGACACAAAACAAUGCCAAUAAAUUGUGUUUAAAUGAGAGAGGGCUGCCACUAAUGGCCAUGUUAGGAUAUUUUAUAUGAAUGUUCUAUAAAUUUGUUUUCUUCACUUUCACUAAUGCUGAACCUGUAGUUAUACUUUGGUGAAGGGACUAUGGGAGAUCACUGCAUUUACCAUGGGGUGACAUAGACUGGCCAUCCAAAGUGCAACUGAACUUUAUUCAUGUCAGCUUCUGCGGAGGUAUGGAGUUUAGCAGGGAGGUCCUCUUAGAGAACUUGGACAAAGUCAUUUUCGCUGAUAUCUAUCCCCUAUCCAUGCAGCUCCAAACCUUCGUAAAUUGUCAGUGUAGUUAAUAAAAUAGAUUGUGACAUUGUUGAUCAAAAUUCUUGGCUGAAAUCGGUUCCAAGAAGACCGCUGCUGCUCCAACCUGUAGGUUCAGUGCUUAACAUCAGUCAUCAAGUAAUCCUUUAAUGUUGGUUGAUAUUUAACUUUGCAGAAUAUUUAUGGAACUCCUCUAGACCAGUGUCCACUGAAGUGCCAUGGUGUCGUUAUCCGUGUUGAUCAAUAUGACAAGGAUACUUGGAUGCUUUGAGCCAAAUUCCUGGUAGUUUUCCCUCUCAAUAAUUCACUGCCAGUAAGUUGUCAUGAUCUCUGAUUCAUUCUUUGCCGGACUGGACCAGCCUUGUCCUUAGACUUGCUCAUUCAUGUGACUGCACUGAGUUCACUGUGCGUUCUGUGUGUGCUCAGUUAAAAAAUCAAUGUCAUCAUUGUCAAGUGAUUAAGAUCAGAACGAGUACAAAAGAUAAACCGUUAAUCUUUUUUUUUUUUAAUCAUUAAUGUUUCUACAUGCAUAGCUGUCCCCGGUACUUCAAAAGAAAGCCAGCAGUGCUCUCUGGUUCUCAUUGUAUGUAGAUCUAAAUAGUGUAUAUAUUAUGGGGAGGGGUCAGGUACUGAACAAGCUGAUUGCAGAUCAGUUUCGUUAAGGACCGGAAAAAGAGCUUAACAUUUAGAAAUGGUCAGCAGCACUGUGUUGACACUUGCGGAAAAAUGUGAUUUUAGAAUCAAAUAUGUCUCUAUCUGAAGAAAGCUUUUUUUUUCUGUGAUAUAUAUAAGAACAUAAUUGAUGAAUGGUGUUUGGUUUUGAUUAUAAUAAAACAUAAGUGCCAUGAG